AUGGUCUAUCCAGAGAUAAAACGUGUCACUUUAAAGUUCCCUCAAGAACUACCUAAAGAGGAUCCUACUAAAAUAAUUGCAUAUAUCAGCAGAGAUGUUAAUCUAACAAAUCAGGUAGAGAAAGCUCUAGCUGUAUUUGAAGAGAGAUGUAAUUACUUGAAGCCUGAUUAUUUUCUUGAGGAUGACAAUCUCCGUCGUUUGCGUAUUACUGGCAACCCGGGAGUUGGAAAAACCUUCUUUGUGAAGAAACCGUUUAUAGAUAAUGUUUAUGAAUUCAAGGAUCUUCCGGGAAAAAGAGAAGCGUGGUAUAUUGUGGAUAGUCGAAAACCAUCAGAAUUUCAUGCCAAGAUGAUUGUCGUCUGUUCACCCCAGAAGCGUUACUAUCAUACAUUUGACAAUCUUGGUACGGUUGUUCGGUAUGUGACAGUGUGGUCUCGUGCGGAAAUUGAGAAAAUAAUAUUGGACUUUGUUGGCGAAAGCACAGAUGAUAAUGGCAGCAGCUGCAGACUUGUACAUAUCCGUACAAAUGUACCACAAGUAUGUAGAAGAAAAAAAACUUCCUUAAUAACUAAACCAGAUAAGGGAAAGGUGGCGCAUCAAUUAAACCAGAAAUAG